UGUGAAAGGAAUUUCGUUGUAGGACCAUGUUCAGCAGAUUCGGCAAAUUCCGUCCACGGUAAUCGUUCUCUAGUACAAAAAGCAAAAGGCAUCAUCCAUGUCUCUUGUAAGCAGACAAUAUUGGCCCCCGCCAGAGCUGCUGCUUCAAUCAUUGCGCCAACCUUGGCGUGUAGCGCUUUUUUCUGCUCGUCUACGGGCGCUGUUGUUGGCGACGCAAUGGAAUUUUGGAUGACAGCGACACGAACCUUCCUAGGAGGUCGAAGUUGUUCCGAUUGA